AUGAACGAUAGCGAGACCCUGGCAGAGGUCAUGCACGGCGUAUUUCCCGAGAGACCCAAAAAGCCUCUACGCCCGACCGUCGAAGCCCCUGAACUACAGGGCAUAUACCACAACGCGGGAUAUGGAAACAUCACAUUGCGUCUCAAAGACGACCCAAACUCCCGCUGUAAACGAAAACGCCUUUCCGCCUCGCGUUUAGAAUAUACUUUCCCGAUGGUGCUUGACCUGUACCAUGCUUCGGGUGACUGGUGGCUCAUCGUGCUCGACGCGGCCGACAACCCAAUCGUAUACUUCCGGUCGUACGCAAAGGCCGAGUUCCAGUUCGGAGUUGACGACAAGCCGAACGCGCUAGAGGUGUACUUUUUGUCUGGGGACCCAAAGGGAGAAUCCGAGGAUACCAAAGUUGUGUUCGAAAAGAUCGGCUAG